GAUGAGACCGAGUUCACCCCAGAUGACCUUGACAUGAUGCGCAUUGUCAAAAAUCAGAUUUAUUUUCCCAAAGUUGUAUGCAUCAACUAUAUGACCUAUGACAUGCGACGAGCUCAAGAAUCAAUCAAUCCAUGCUCUCAUGCUGACAUCAUGUUGCUU